AUGAGGCCCACUCGCAUUCUCGCCGCCGUCGUGGCCAUGUCGUCCGUCACGCAUGCCCUGACGGAUGCUUUUGACAAUAUCCACGGCCUGGCCGGUGUCAAGGACGUGCUUUUGGGACGACAGGACAAUAACAACAAUAACAAUAACAACAACAACACCCCAGCCAGCACACCAGCUCCUAAGCCGACUGGCGAUAACAACAACAACAAUAACAACAACAAUAAUGACAACAAUAGCAGCAACAACAACGACAACAAGAGUGGCAACGACGACAACAAGACCAGCGACAACAAGAGCGACGCCAAGCAGACUGGCUCCCUCACAGGCAAGCAGUCCGGCAGCAAGACAACCAACAAGCCAUCAAAGUCGACAAGCUUCGACCCCCGUCUCCCGGCCGGUGGUCUGACCAUGGUUACCCCAGACGCCCUGGCCGGCUCGCAAUUCUACAAGGUCGGCGACUGGAUCACAUUCGCCUGGAACUACACCUCGCUCUCCGUCACACCCACUGCCAUUGACGUCCUCGCCUCGUGCACCGCUAACCAAGCCACCUACACCAUCGCCGUCAACAUGUCUGCCACAAACACAAAGGUCCUCUGGAACACGGGCGAGACGCCCCAGGGCCAGGCCCCUUUCCUCACAGAGAACUACAAGCUCCUCAUCUACGACUCCAACUCGACCGUCACCGCUGCCCCACGAGCCGGUUACUUGGGUGCUUUUACCGCCUUUACCUUUGGCAUGUACUUGCCCCAGCCCUACACUUCUCUUCAGGAUGGCUGGAAUUGCCCCAACUGCAACUCGGCCUUUUCCAACCUCGAACGAAUGACCUUUACCACCAUGUUCUUCACCACCGGAACCACCAUCGGCUCAUUACUCUACUUCACCUACCAAUUUGGCCUGUGGUGA